AACCCAACGUCAUUACUACUCCGGUAGAAGUCCGUAUAGUGCUCCAUCCAAGACUUGCGUCAUUGGACGUGCUUGUAGCUACAGCUACAACCAUCAAAGAACGCGUCGUUGUCGUUGAGAACCCUUCCUGGAUUCCUUCUCAUCGUGAGCAUUGCCAGCAGCAGCAGCAGCACGGUAUGGCAUCCGAGGCAACAGGCAACCCUCCUGGUGUGGGAGGUGUUUCCUCCACAAACACUCCCACCAACCCUACUAAUUCUCUAUUUAAUAACAACCACAAAAAUUUAAAUCCUCUACACACUCCUUCCCCAACAGUCGAAGAACCUCCUCUACCCACAUUUGAUGGUACUGCCAGCCCAUCAAACACCAAAACAUCUUCUUCAUUAAAUAAAGAGCACUGGCAGUGCAUCGUCAACAUGGAGGCUCUCCAUAGCGACGUAUUGGCCGCACCGGUCCGCGGUGCCUUCGACUUUAUCCGCUCCAUCGUGCGAAUUCUUGCGCAUGUCCUCUCUUACGGUUUCACCCGCGCUUACUGCGGAGCUUUCGCCGUCCUCUCCAUGGUUUCUCUCAAGGUUGUCAUGGUGUUUCUUCUCGUAUCAAUCGUGACCUUGGUCUUCUUCGUCAUCCCGCGCCGCCACCGCACCAUCGUCUCCCAUCGCAAGCUCCCCAAGAAACUCUGGCCGCGCAAGGAGUCCAACGAGACGCCGUUCUACGUCAUCCUCGUCUGCGGCUCCGGCGGCCACACCGCCGAGAUGAUCAAGAUGGUUCAGCGCAGCAUCAAAUCGGAGGGCCCCAACUCGCACCGCCGCUGGGCCAUCGGAUACGGCGACGAGGUGAGCUACAAGAAGGUUAUGGACUUUGAGCGCUACCUCCACGCCCGCUUCAACGCGUACAACCUGCACGCCGGCACGUGCGACAUCGGCUUCUUCCGCCGCAGCCGCGCCGUGCACCAGAGCUGGUGGACGACCGUUUUCAGCGUGGUCGACUCUGUUAGCGACGCCUACGACAUCAUCCUGGACCGCCCCCUCAACAACCCGGCCAUCCCCGAGGGUACGUUGCCCGGCGUGGUCGUGACCGACGGCCCCGGCACCGGCUUCGUGUUCAUGCUGUGCGCCUACCUCAUGAAACUCCUCGCCAUCGUCCCCGUCGACUCCGUGAAGUGCGUCUUCGUCGAGAGCUGGGCUCGGGUUAACUCCCUGAGCUUCUCUGGCAAGUUGGUCGAGUUCUUGCAGUUGUCCGAUGUGUUUAUUGUGCAGCAUCCACCGCUCCGCGAACGUUACCCCCGCCAGACCUACGUCAGCAACAUGGUCGUGAUGCCGACUAUUCCUAGUGUCCCCUUGGAGUAGUUGGAGCCUUGCAGCUUUAUACGUUGCACGUCGAUAAUUGAAAAUCACAUCAAGCCUGG